CUAUGCUCCACAAUGAGCCCGGCUGGCCUCCAUAUAUAAAGCAUAGAACAUCAUCACAAGCCUGUAACACUUCUUUCAAUAAACCCCCAACAAGUCACCAAGAUGCCGUUAUUUAAAUCUAAGACAAAGCAUGCCGACGAUGCACGCCUCGCGGAAGAGCGCGACAACGCCGGUAAUAAUAAUCAGACUCAGACUUCCAACAACAACAAGGAUCUCGGCAAUAACAACUACGACGCUGGCAAUCAGCAAGGCAGAGGACAAUCAUUUGGAUCGAAUAAUCCGAGCCAAGGUCAGCGUGAGACUGGACCCGAGGCUAAGAUCGGAAGCUCUGCUCUCAGAGAACACGGACUCCUCAGAGAACGCGAAGCUGAAGUUUUGCAUGCUCAAAGUCAGGAGCUAGCAGAGGCCGAACGGCUCGAGCAGUCCGCCUUAGAACAUAGGGAGAGGGCUGUUGCUGUCGGUGCAGAUCCCGCCAACAAGGCUCUGGGUGGAGGCUCAGCUUGAUUGGCGAAGGGGACGCAAUGGUUGAAGAUAUUCCUGUGGUUUUGUGUCGUUAAUGACGUACUGUACAAUAUACAAUGAAUGGAACGUACCUUGAGAAUCUUCGAG